AUCUUCGUUAUACUCUCGUUUCGUUCGGACGUUGUUGUAGUUUACAAUUAUGACCAUUGGAGCGCUGCGAUCGUUUUCUGUUUGAGCCGUUGUGUGUGAGUGAGUUGCAUUACUAGGUACAGGUGUGUGUGCGCUGUGUUGUUCGAGCCAUUCUUUCUUUGUUUUCCUGCUUGCGUUUUUAUGUGCGCGCCAUAUAUUAUUAUCGGUUUAUUGUUAUUAUAAUGGCGGGAUGAAACGUCUUCGCUUAAUAGUUUUUUGUAAACGAGUUCUUUGUACUGGUUAAUGAUCGAAAAUUCGUAUUUUUUUUCCAGUUUUGUUAUUUUUCUACAUGUUUUUUGCUCGUGGUUUCGAUGUGCGUAUAUCAUUCUAUUAGUUUAGUUGCGAAUGGUUUUCUAUAUGCGUCUCGGAUCAUUUUCCUUGUUAAAGCUUGAAUAUUUUUAACUCUGCGCGUUAUCGCGUGUUUAGUUUUUCGGUAUCGAGUUGAUUACUGCGCGAUAGACAUUUUUCUUACAUACAAUGAUGAAAACGUUCGAAAGGUGAGAACGAAAGGAAGAUUUCAGGAGUUUGGUGACCGGAAAGUACGGUAAAAGUUUUAUUCAUUGCGCGAUUUUAACGAGAUAAACACGAGAAAAAAAGUACAUAACUAAGAAGAACAGAAACAGAAAAAAAGAGAAGAAUAAGAUUUGCUUUGGAUAGCGUUACCGAAGGGUGUACCAUCGAGUAGCACAUGUUCAGUACUUCUGGUGCGCGAGGAACUCAUUUUGGUCGCUGUGUGUUGGCUUCGUCUGUUCCACCAUUUCCACACGAAUCGCAUCUCCUCUACCUCCUCCAGUUCAGUGGUCGCUGAUAUUCGCCGUAGUCUUUAUCCAGCGUGUUCGUUUUCUUUCUUCGUUGGUUGUUUUUAAAUGUCGCCGAGCGCGGAGAUCCGCUUCGUUACAACAGAAAGAGAAGCAUAGAUAAAGAGGGAGUCGCCGGCAGAUACCGUGGCAACGCUGUGGUGUGCUUGUGUUUGUGCGUUCCGUAUUAUUUCGUUCGCGUUUCGUGGUAUUAUAAUACACGACAGUGUUAGUAUUAUAUUAUAGUUUUAUAUAUAUGUGUGUGCGCGUGUGUGCAUUGUAGGUAUAUAUCUGUGAGUGUACAAUAUAUACGUUCGUGUACCCUCCGCCCAUUUUUGGUGAUAGAAAAAACACCCCUUGAAUCUUGUUUUUCGCGGGCGCUUCUAGACGGUGCGUGGUUUAGCAGCGCAACUUCCCUUUGCCGCGGUGGCCUUCUCGAUCGCGGGCCGAGGUUCGUUUUGCCGCGCAGCACACAGUUUAUAUAGGAAGAAUAUUGCAUCGCCGGCCCGUAUUUUUUUCCUCCGCACACAUAUUCCGUAAUAACAGAAUAGUGAAUAUACAGCAAACCCGGCGAGAGCCGCGUUCACAAGCACGAUAUGUCCGAGCACCAACGCGGUGCUUGGGGGCCGCGGGACGAUAAUUCUUCAGUCGCAGCCGCGGCGGCAGCCGCGUCUUCAGUUUGGUGGCCAUCGGCCGUCGAUCAACAAUCACAGCAUCAGCAAUUGCUGACGCAUCAACAGCAGCAGCAGAUAGCGGCCGCCGUUCAACAGCAACAUGAAGCGGCCGUUCGAAGCUCGGCGGCAGCCGUCGCCGCCCAACAGUUCUUAACGUACAAAAUGGCCAACAAUAAUUUUCAAAAUAUCUCAACAGCGUCGACUAAUACCAUAAAUUCGUCACCAAAUACCAUUAAUGCCGGCGGCGGAGGUAUGAGGUACGAUUACGGAGGCGGUGGUGGCGGUGGCGGCGGCGGAGGAGGAGGCGGCGGUGGCGGCAGACCCGGCGACGCCGCAUUGGCCGCCAAUCAAGCCGCUCAAGCAGCCGCAGCAGCCGCGCAAUGGUGGUCGUAUCCGGCUACGGUGGCGGCCGCUGGUCUUCAAAAUAACGCGAAUCUACAAAAUCAUCUACAAAAUGCGAACGCCGUUAAUUCGCUUUUGAGCAAAUCGAGAAUGCCACGAGGCAGAAUGGACUCGAAACCGAGAGGUCGUAUGACCGCUUACGCUUUUUUUGUACAGACUUGCCGCGAAGAACAUAAGAAAAAACACCCCGAUGAGACUGUAAUAUUUAAAGAAUUUUCUAAAAAAUGCGCCGAAAGGUGGAAGACGAUGUCAGAUAAAGAAAAAAAAAGGUUCCAUGAAAUGGCCGAUAAAGAUAAGAAACGUUACGAUACCGAAAUGCAGAGUUACGUACCACCGAAAGGCGAAAAGAUACGCGGUAAAAAAAGGAAACAAAUUAAAGAUCCUAAUGCUCCUAAAAGAUCUCUAUCUGCUUUCUUCUGGUUUUGCAACGACGAACGUGGUCAAGUUAAAGCAAAUAACCCAGAUUACGGUGUGGGAGAUAUUGCUAAAGAAUUAGGCCGUAAAUGGGCUGAUGCCGAACCACACACUAAACAAAAAUACGAAGCUAUGGCUGAAAAAGACAAAGCUCGAUAUGAAAGAGAAAUGAUGGAGUACAAAAAGAAAUCAAAACCAGGGGUUCCUGUUUCCGAGCCAAUUUUAAAACAAGAAAGCGACGGUGAUGAUAACGACGACGAUGAGGAAGAUGACGACGAUUAAACUGUAAUAUCGAUAAAGUAUAAAUGAAAAAGAAAAAAAAUUCAAAAAAAGUUAUUGAAAACAGUAAAAAAUUUGAGAACUGAUUUUUUUUCUAAUUUAUUAUGUAGGUAUAUUUCUAUGUUAUAGUAAUUAAGGAAAUGUAUAUACAGAAUACUCUUUGUUCACCAUAAUAAUACGUGUACAGGAUUUACAGUUCGAAAAAAAGUAUAAGCAUAUUGCGCGCAACAUUUUACUAUUUCACGAAUGGAAACAGAAUAAUUUUUUCCCUUUUUCAAUUUAAACAUAGGUAGUUUCGUAUUGGUUAACUUUUUAAAAUCUUCAGAUAUUAACGAUUUUCAUUUCUGUAUUGUUUCCUAUCAAUUUUUAUAAGGUGAAUCAUGUUUUGAAAGUGUCUAUCCAGGUAAUGAAUGAACGAUGUGUCGCCGAUUAUUAUUGUUCGAAGGCGUAGACGAGUAAGGUAUCAUGAAACAUUUUGGUUAAAUUUAUCAAUAUUAGGCUUUUUAUCGUUCUGUUUUUCUGUUCUCUUUUUUUUACUGAUUAUAUAGUUUUACAAGAUCCAAAAUGAAUCCUAUUUUGCAGGUUUUUCGUAAGUGCGUAUUUCUUCAAAAAAAUGUUGUAAAUAUAAUGUAGUGUUCUUUUUUUGUAUAUAGGUUAAUCCUAGUUUUACCGGUAAAAUUUGUUUUUUCGGUGUUACCGAGUAAUAAUCUAUCAAAACACGUCACUUUGACGUUUCGAUUUUAAUUUGAAAAGAAUAAAAAAACAGUUUACAGCAUUUUAAUACGUAGCACGAUGUCUUUAGAACUUACAAAAUAUCGUAUUAUUUUGUUUAUGAUAUGAAAAGUUAGACGUACCUGCAUAUAAAGUAAUUGAAAACGAAGGCGACAUCAGUAAACUUACUCUUUACUUGGAAUACCAUUAUAUUACGCAGGAUUAUUUUUGUACUGAAUGAAAAUCUGCAAAGUAAUAUUAAUUUUUAAUUAUUAUUUCCUCUUAUUUCUUAUUGCAUUUCUUCAAUUUUUAUGUUUUAACUGUACGUACGUUUUCUAGUAAAUGGUAUGUUAAAUUUUUACGCUUGGCCAUAAUUAUUAAAAAAAAUUCGUUUCGUUUUUAUUCUGGUUAUGACAUUCCUACAUUCAGCUAUGGAAAAAACAAAUUUCUCGAGUCUAUUCACUUUUGAUUUUGUGUUUUUAGUAUUUUAUUUACAUUACGGUUUUUCUUUUUUAUUUAAAUUAUUUUGUACGCUAAGUUUUAAUCUUACUUUUAUGUUAUAAUUUGAAAAGUGAAAAAUAUGAAAGGAAAUGACAAAUGUUUUGUACUUCUUAGGGAUUAAAUACUUUUAAAUAAAACAUUUGUUUGUUAUUUGUAAUGUAUUUGUUUGUAUCACUUUCUUUUAUAAUUUCAAGUAUUUGUAUGAUUGAUUCUGCGUGAAAUAAAGUGAUUUUAGUUGAUCAUUA